AUGUUUUUAUUCAGAGGAUUAGUCAGUCUUGCGUACUGCAGCGCUAAAGGCCUUGACCACAUUCAAUCCCAAUUCAACCAAAAAAUCGAAGAAAUGAAGCGAGAAUUCGGCACACAAAUGAUGUCUUUUCCUGAAGUCAAAUAUCAGCAAAAAGGGGAUCAAUACUCCAUCUCUUUCCAUAUCGAUAAAAGACGAGGAACCGUCCCAUUAAUAGCAGAGUAUAUUGAGGGUAAUAUGAAAAACUGCAAAUUAAAACAUAAAAAACAAACCAAUAUUCGAGGAAUUGAAAGUCUUCGAUAUGAUUUUCUAGAUGAAAACAAUAAAGAAUAUUCCAUUACUCUGUCAGGCCCAAUCAAUAAUUAUUUCUAUAUGUUUGAGUAUACUAAAGAAGAAGAUGGGUUUACUGAAGACUUGAAAAGGCUUACUCUCCCCUCCGUGAGUGAACAAAACCAUUAGAAAAAUCGCCAUUUUUUGCCAAAAAACCCACCCCUCCGUGAGUGAACAAAAAUUUUUUUAAUAGAAAAAUUUUUUAUGGAAAACAAUUUUGAUAUAUAAAGUGAUAAUUAUUAUAAUGAAAUCUCGAGCUAAUUCUGUUUAAUUUUUAAAACAAAUUGCUUUUUAAAACAUAAAUUUUAUAAAUUAAAUUAAUAUUUGCUUUCCAAUUUUUGCAAAUAUUUUCUAUAAAAUUAAUUAACCCCCCUCUGUGAGUGAACAAAAUUUUUUUGUUUCUCACGGAGGGGGGAGUUAGCGAUAUUUACCAAAAAGCAAAUCAGCCGAUUAACCCUAUUAUUUCACAUGUCCAAAGGAUAAAUCAUCCAAGAUAUGAUGGGAGAGGACAGAGAGGAGGGGAUCCUAUUGAGAAUUUACAAAAUUUAGGAGCGCUUGUGUUUCUGCCAGAUGAUCCUUAUUAUGAUUGGGAUUAUUUAGCGGGAUCUGAAGAAGCGAAAAGAGAAAUUGAAGACACAAUUCUGCUGACGCUUGAAAGGCCGGAGAUUUUUGAUAAAAUUACACAAGUUACAAGAGUGAAAGAUGAGAAAAAUAGGCCUAGAGCGGUGCUAUUUGAGGGACCUCCUGGAACUGGAAAAACAACAAGUGCAAAAAUUAUAUCACAUCAGGUAAAAAUCCCAAUGGUUUAUGUCAGAUUGGAAACUAUAAUUUCUUCAUUAUACGGAGAAGCAGAAAAAAAUCUGGGCAAAGUUUUUGAAAAUUGUCAAAGGCUUGGAAAAUGUGUAAUAUUUAUUGAUGAAAUAGACAGCUUAGCACAAAGCAGAGAAAAAGAGAUGCAUGAAGCCACAAGAAGGAUUUUAAGUGUAUUUUUAAGAUAUCUAGAUGGGUUUGAAAGCAGCGAUGACGUAAUCGUGAUAUGUGCAACUAAUAGAAAAGAAGAUUUAGAUCUUGCUUUGCAGAGCAGAUUUUCUAAAGUGAUUUCAUUCCCAUAUCCAGAUAAGCAUAGCAGAUCUGCAAUUUUUAUGAGAUAUGCAAGGCAUUUAACACAGGCACAGCUAAACCAGUUAGCAGAUAUGAGCGAAGGGCUUUCAGGGAGAGAUAUAAAAGCUGUAUGUGAAGAUGCUGAAAGAAAAUGGGCUGCAGCUAUACUUAAUCCUCCCCCUCUUCAAUGAGUAAAAUUUUUAGCUCACUUAAUGGGCUAUUAUUUUUUUUUUUUAAAAAAAACAUUUCGUUGGUAAAUUUUUCUAAAAAAAAUUUUUCAAUGGGUUUAGUCACUCAUGGAGUAAAGGGAAGUUAGAGGUACAGUUAUAGACAACUAUAAAGUUGACUUCAGCCAUUAUUUAGAAGCUCUUCAAUAUAGGAUUCAAGGAUAUAAGCAGUAA